AUGGUAUCGGAAAAGUCUUCAACAAAGCCUCAAUGGUUAUGGCAAUCAAAUCCAAAUCCAUUCACACCAGAUGAAAAGGAGGAAUGGAAAACUUACUUGGAAGAAUAUGCUGACGCAGUUUCUGAUGUAUCAAAAUUAUCCACCAAUGCAAAUAUUUAUUUGCAACCAAAAUCGACCGAGAAACUGGUUGGUUUUGCCGUUAGAAAUAAAGCUGCAAUCGGUCUAAUAUUUUUCUGCAGCAUAUGUUCACUUCUUUUACGAGAUCCAGUGCAACUUGGCUGUUCCCAUCGUUUUUGUAAGUCAUGUGUCGAAUCAGUUGACGGGGAAACAAUAAGAUGCACACAUUGUCAUACAGAAGUUCCAAAGAAAACAACUCAUUUGGAAGAAAGCCAUUCUGAUCUUUUAUGUGAAAGUUGUGGCGAACGUUUCACGUCGGCAAACAGUAUAGUACUGCACAAACAAAAUGAUUGUGAAAAAACCAUUGUUGCUUGCCCUCUAAAAGAAUUCGGUUGUUCAGAUAGAGUGGAGCGAGCUCAUAUUCAUGAACAUUAUCUCACUCAACAACAUCAAAAUGCAAUACUUGCCGCUGCCCGUCAAUUGAAAGCUAAAUUAGCACGCAAUCAAAUAUCAGAUGACAUGGAAACGGAUACGUAUGCACAUGAUGAGUCAACUCACUCAGCCACGACAACUAAUAACGCAAUGUCUCAACUACCAGAAUUAGACGAAGCAGUUGGCGUUUUGGUAGAUGGAAUGCAAGUAUUGGUUGAGCAUACGCGUGAUCUGAGUAUGGAAUCUGUGAGAUUAGACAAUCAAGUGGAGAAUCUACAUGAAGAGCUCGAAACACUCAAAGUGAGUGUUCCAGAGCAAAGCAUAUUUUUGAGCGGAUUAAAACCGAAUCAAGAGAUACUCGCUCAAGAAGUGGCAUCUCUCAAGCAACAGAUCGAUGAAUUUCAAUACACUUCUUAUGAUGGAUCGUUGAUCUGGAAAAUAACAGAUGUUUCCGAAAAAAUAAGUGGCGCUCAGGGUGAACGACAAACAUCGAUAUAUUCUCCGACAUUCUACUCAUCUCCCAAUGGAUAUAAGAUAAGAGCUCGUUUAUACCCUUAUGGAGAUGGGAAUGCUCGUCGCACUCAUUUGUCCCUCUUCUUUGUUUUGAUGCGCGGGAGAUUCGACCAUCUAUUAGCGUUUCCCUUUCAGCACAAAGUGAUCUUUUGCCUAUACGAUCAGACACCUACGCAACGUCAUCUGAUCGAUUGUUUUCGACCUGAUAUCAAAUCAAAUAGUUUCCAAAGGCCACGAUCUGAGAUGAACAUCGCCAGUGGCAUUCCGAAGUUUUGCCCCUUGGCCAUAAUUCAACAGGAGAAUAAUCCGUACGUUCGCAAUGACACUAUGUUUAUCAAAAUUAUGAUCGAUUUCGAGGAGUUGCCGAAAAGAGUUUUGCCAUAUGCGCUAAGUCUUGAUCCUGGAUUACCAGCGCAUAUUCGACAACAAUUGAUUCGUCAAGAAACAGAAAGACAAGCACAACAAAACAAUACUACAGCAUAA